ACUGCUGCAGGGUCAGGGUUUGCUUCUUGACACUUUGCUCAUGGCAGAGAGAGGAGAAAUCUCACUGAGCAGAAUGAAGCUGUUGGUUUGUAUCUUCUUGGCCUCUCUUGCUGCUGCUGCUACUGCACAUCUACACUCAGACCCGACGCUGGAUAACCACUGGGAGCUCUGGAAGAAAACCUAUGGCAAACAAUACAGCCACAAGAAAGAGGAAGGGGAACGGCGCGUGACCUGGGAAAAGAACCUCAAGCUCGUUAUGCUACAUAACCUCGAGCACUCACUGGGGCUGCAUUCCUAUGAGCUGGGCAUGAACCACCUGGCAGACAUGACCAGCGAGGAAGUGGCUGCUUUGUUAAUGGGAGUGAAAAUUCCCCACCGACCUGACCGGAAUUCCACCUACAGGCCACGGCCUGGCAGCAAAGUGCCUGACUCCAUGGACUGGAGGGACAAAGGAUGUGUUACGGAUGUGAAAUAUCAGGGGUUCUGUAGCUCCUGCUGGGCUUUCAGUGCUGUCGGUGCCCUAGAAGCCCAGGUGAAACUGAAAACUGGAAACCUGGUGUCUCUCAGCGCACAGAACCUAAUCGACUGUUCCACUAAGUACGGGAACCAGGGCUGCCUGGACGGAUAUAUGACCAACGCCUUCCGGUACAUCAUCGAUAACGGCAUUGAUUCAGAUGAUUCCUAUCUAUACACAGCUCAG